CUUUUGUCAACACCAUCGACGCACGGCUUGAACAUGACUGACCACAACCACAGAAGAUCAUCUCCAAUAGCGACAACCUCCAAAAGAGUAACUUUUGCUGAGACUUCCCCAAAGGUAUUGAACUCUUCCAGCUCAAAUCCUUCGCCAACCAAGAAAACUCAGAGGGCAAAAACACAAUCGGUCAAGAAAAAACCGCCCUUGCCUUCAUGGACUCGAUUCCCUGAAUUCCAACCGUUCGAUACUAAGCCACCAAAGAGAGGCACAAAUAUUGAAGGCAAAGGCAUAACGCCACUCUACGUUCUCGGGUGGCGUUUCAGCGCAAUGGACCUUGCGGCCGGCCCAUCGGGUGGACACUGCUCCGGCUUGCACAACGAUUUCGUCCUCAGAUGGGCGGACAAUCUCCGCGAGAACUUCACCAAACGCUGUAUUCAGCGCCCUCUGGUGUGGCAAUCGUUGGGAAGAAUGGAUGAUGACGACUUCUACUACAUAGCUGGCUCCAACGACCACGACCCAAACAAGAUCACGGCAAGGGACUUCCAACAUGCGAAGGCGGCCCUUCCAUCCUUCCAGCCAUGGUCAACCGUGGAUGUCGACCAAGUAUUCGGGUGGUAUCGUACUAUGAGGACUUAA